UUUUGACUUUUAAGUUUUGAUUGGUUUUAAAAAUUUGUCACUUGGAAUAUUUGCCGGAAAAUUUAUUAAUUUCAAAAUAAUUGAAUACAAAAACAUGGCAACAGAAACUCCAUCUCCAAAUGCCAGCACAAUACAUCUCAACAAGAAAUGGACCAAUUUGAGAAAAAUCCUGGAACGUCCUAGGCCAUUUUGCAAGGCUGACUUUACUCCGUCUGCAGAUAAUCUCGAGUUUUUAUUGAAUACUUGUAAAAUUCUGGUCAUAGGUGCUGGAGGCUUAGGUUGUGAAUUGCUAAAAGAUCUGGCCCUUAUGGGAUGUGGUGAUAUUCAUGUCAUCGAUAUGGACACCAUUGAUCUCUCAAAUCUAAAUAGACAAUUCCUUUUUCGACGCAAGGACAUUGGUUCAUCAAAAGCGGAAUGUGCUGCAAAUUUUAUAAAUGCCAGAAUUCCCACUUGCAAGGUUACUCCACACUUUGCUAAAAUCCAAGACUUCGACGAGUCAUUCUAUCAACAAUUCCACAUUGUUGUUUGUGGACUUGAUUCCAUUGUAGCCCGAAGGUGGAUCAAUGGCAUGUUGAUUGCUAUGUUAGGCUAUGAAGAUGACGGAUCUAUCGAUCCUUCUACCAUCAUUCCCAUGAUCGAUGGUGGGACUGAGGGUUUCAAAGGAAAUGCCCGUGUCAUUUUGCCAGGCUACACUGCAUGCAUUGAAUGCACUCUGGGUCUAUUCCCGCCACAGGUUAACUAUCCCCUGUGCACGAUUGCAAAUACUCCUCGACUGCCAGAGCACUGUAUCGAGUAUGUGAAAAUCAUUCAAUGGGAAAAGGAAAAUCCAUUCGAUGUUCCACUGGAUGGGGAUGAUCCACAACACAUUUCGUGGAUCUACGAACGAGCAUUAGAAAGGGCUCAACAAUUUAAUAUAUCUGGAGUCACUUAUCGACUGGUUCAGGGAGUUGUAAAGCAUAUUAUUCCGGCAGUAGCUAGUACAAAUGCUAUUAUUGCUGCUGCUUGCGCAACUGAGGUCUUCAAACUUACCACUAGUUGUUAUGACAGCAUGAAGAAUUACAUGGUUUUCAAUGACUUGGCCGGAAUCUACACUUUCACGUAUGAAGCUGAAAAAAAUGAUAAUUGUUUGUCAUGCAGUAAUGUGCCUCAAAAGGUUUUGGUUGAUGAUCCAAAUACAACUACUCUAGAGGACUUCAUCAAAAUGCUGUGUGAGAGUCCAACUUAUCAAAUGAAAAAUCCAGGAAUUACUGCUUUUAUCGAUGGUAAGAAUAAAACUCUUUACAUGUCGACUGUUAAAAGUAUCGAAGAACGAACUCGAGGGAAUUUAACUCAGUCAUUGUCUGAACUUGGUUUGCGCGAUGGCCAAGAACUGAUGGUUGCUGAUUCUACAACACCAAAUGCGAUUACAUUGAAACUCAAAUACACUUAUAAUGAAAUCGAAAUGAAUUAAUAAAAUG